AUUGUAUUGAUUGUAUUUGUCAAGCUAGUUCCAAACCAAAUAUCCCGAUUUAUUUCGUUUUAUAUUGAAUAUUUGGAUACUCGAAAUUUUCACGAUCGAACCAAGAACAUUUGUUUGAGGAAGCAGGUUCGAUAGAUCUUUUCAAAUGGAUCAAUUAUCGCUUAUUAGUGAAGAAGCAGCUGAGCUCGACGGACAAAUUGCAGAUAUUUUUCGAGCUUUAUCAAAUGGAUUUCAAAAGUUGGAGAAGGUUAAAGAUGCCAAUAGGAAAAACAGGCAAUUGGAGGAGCUUACAGAUAAGAUGAGAGAAUGUAAAAGGCUCAUCAAGGAGUUUGACAGAGAAGUCAAGGAUUUGGAAAGCAGAACUGACGCUGUGACAAAUAGAAUGCUAAGUGAGAAAAAACAGUCAAUGAUUAAGGAAUUAAAUUCUUAUGUUGCUUUGAAGAAACAACAUACUACCAAUAUAGAGAAAAAGAAAAUUGAUCUUUUUGAUGGACCUAAUGAAGGAAUUCCCGAAGACAAUGUACUCCUUGCUUCAAUGAUAAUUUGGUCUUCAUUUUGGUCCUUUAAACAGGAAAGCAAGACUUCUAAAUUGUGUGUAGCCAUGACAAAUGAACAAUUAAUGGACCGCGGAAACAAAAUGAUGGAUGAGACUGAUCAAUCAAUUGAAAGGAGCAAAAUGGUGGUUCAAGAAACCAUUGACGUAGGAACGGAGACUGCUGCUUCUCUUAAAGCUCAAACCGAACAAAUGAGCAUGAUAGUCAAUGAGCUAGAUUCUAUCCAUUUCUCGAUGAAGAGAGCUUCUAAACUGGUGAAGGAAAUUGGUAGGCAGCUUGCAACUGACAAAUUGAUUAUGGCAAUGCUUUUCCUUAUUGUCAUGGGAGUGGUCAUAAUCAUCAUUGUCAAGAUAGUGAAUCCCAAUAACAAGGAUAUCUCAGAUAUUCCUGGAUUAGCUCCACCCGCACAGUCUCGCAAGUUGCUUUGGCAUGAAAAAUGACUAAUUGGAAGAAGAAGAAGAAGAAAAAGAGGUGUGUUGGUUGUAAUUGCCACAAGCACUAGAGACCAGAGAGCUUGACUAUGUAUCACUAUCACUAUGAAGAUAUGUCACUAUGAAUGCCUUUGCCUAGGGUUUUCCUUUUAUGAUUACAUUGUCUUAUGUCUAGGAUUUUGAUACGAUUCGAAGG